CCUAUUUUAUCCGAGGACCAUCUCUUCUAUAAAACCCUGACCGGGUCUCCGUGAGCCACUACUACACAUAAACAAGCUGAACAUGGCCAAGAUUUUGAAGAAACUUGCUUCAGCUGUGUCUCUCACAAGAGGGCUACACCUAUCACGAGCAUAUGCGUAUCCUGCAUCGCACGUUGGAAAGAGCUUUUCCACUGCACGAGAAGGGGUUGACUAUGAGGUUCGACGCAUGCGCCGCGAGGACAUUCAAGGCCUGUACGAGCUGACGUCCGCCAACCAGUGGAACAUGGAGAGAGACUACUUGGAGUGUAUUUUCGACACGGAUUCCUCGGGACUGUUGGUGGUGGUCACACCCACUGGGGAGGUUAUAGGACACAAUGGCAUUCUGUCACACAGUGACACGUUCGCUUCGUCGGGAAUGAACAUAGUGAAAGAAGAAUACCGAGGAACGGGCAUAGGGAAGACGCUGUUUCGGUCCGUCAUGGACGUCAUGAAUCAUCGCAACGUUGGAGGAACAGCGUUGUCCAACAGAAUCACGUUUUAUGAACAGUUUGGAUGGACCAUCCCAUCCUAUACUUUCCACUAUAACAUGGGGCCCGUGAGCCCUGACUUCGUAAAGGAGCCGAGUAAAGGAGAUUUUGACAUCAUCCCAAUAGAAGACGUCAAUUUUGAUGACGUCGUUACAUACGAUGCAGACAUCCAUACAUUGCCAAGACCGUCCUACUUGAAGAACUGGGUCUUGUUUCAGAAGGCAAAGACCGUUGUUGCCGUUCAAAAUGGAAAGGUUUGUGGAUAUGGGGUACUGAGAGCGGCGGAUAUUGGCUUUCGUAUGUAUCCACUUUUUGCAGACAGUGACAAAAUUGCUCAUGCCCUGUUCUGUAAACUGGCUUCAUUUGUGCCAGAAAACGGAGAGGUCAUUUUCACGCAGCCGAUCGAGAACAAGAAAGCUUGCGAGUUCGUUCAGGCCAACAAGUUUAAUAAUUAUCUUUCCAUGACCAGAUUGUACAAUAAACAUGACAUGGUUGUUGAUAUUAACAGGGUCUAUUCGGUUUCAUCCACGGAAUAUGCAAUUGUGUGAGGUGUGAAUGAUCAUAAUGAUUCACUCAAACAUACAGUUACAAUGUUCAUAUCGAAUGAGCUGAAUUUGACCGAGUUAACAUGAAACACAUUUCCAUACAUUUAGGGCAUGGUCCCUAGUUCUAUAAAGUUUUACAUUCACCAUAACAUUCAUGUUAACUACAAUGCUUUCUGUUUAUGUUUUGUCAAUGUCUACUCAAUAUCUGCCUGUAUGAUUACGAAAUAAAAAUAUAUGGUAUGA